CUAUUUUCUUUUUAAUUCUUCUUUUCCUUUUUUUUUAAUUAUCAAGAUGACAUCGAAUAAAAAAGAGGUCACUGAUAUCAGUAGUCAUGGUACUACCUCUCUACCUAAUUCAAGACCAAACUCUCGACCUAACUCUCGUCCUACCUCUCAAUUUAUACCCCGUAGUUCAACUCCUAGUAUAUCAAGAGGCAAAAUGACACCAUCAAGAGUGGAUUCUGGUAUUAUUCCUAAUAUGAUCCAUGAAGAAGAUCAAUCUGAUGAAGGAACAAGUACUACAGUACCUAUACGACCUGUACGUCCUAGACCAAAAUUAUCAAGUCGAGCUACUUCUUUUGCACAAUCUGCUAAACGAGUAUCUAUGGGUGCUAGAUCUUAUUCUUCCUUCUCUUUAUAUUCUCAUUUCGCUGGUGAAGCUUUGGAUGAAGAUGAUGAUGUUGAUCAUCGACGACAUCGUGUUAUCAGUGGAAAAAUCAACGAAGAGAAAUUGGAUGAAGAAAUCGAAACUGAAUUUGUAAAAAAGACCCCUACUGCUUCUGUUGGUAAAGCCAUGUUUAUGUUCUUGAAGGCUUUUAUCGGAUCUGGUGUACUCUUUUUACCUAAAGCUUUUCAAAAUGGUGGACUGGCUUUAUCUAUUAUCCUCAUGGUGAUCAUUGCUUGUAUUUGUUUGGUGGCAUUCUUACGAUUAGUACAAACUCAACAAAUUGUUGGUGGUUCCUAUGGUGAUAUGGGAGCAACUUUGUAUUGUCAAGCACUUCGUUAUACUAUCCUUUUCUUCAUUGUCAUAUCUCAAAUUGGUUUUGUCUCCUCCUACUUUAUUUUUGUUUCUGGAAACUUAUUCAGUGUCGCUAAUGUUCUUUCCAACUGUCGUAACCAAAUUAUUGAAAAGUACUAUGUCUGGUUUCCCUUGAUUGUAUUGGUACCUUUAUCCUUGAUCCGUCAUAUUGCUCGCCUUUCUUUUUGUGCUAUCUUAGCCGAUAUCUUUAUUCUAUUUGGUUUGGUGGUUAUCAUAUACUUUACUUCUGAUCAAUUACACAAUGUUGGUGUGGGACCUAAUGUUAUUGCCGUUAACUCUGUGAACUUUGGUAUGAUGAUUGGUACUGCUACUUUUUCCUUUGAAGGCAUUGGUUUAUUGAUUCCUAUUGUUGAAGCCAUGGAAAAACCUCAAAAAUUCCCUUUUGUAACAGCUUUUGGCUUGAUGAUCGUUACACUUGUUUACGUCUUGAUAGGAACUUUAUCUUACUUAGCCUAUGGCGAUCAAAUCGAAGCUGCUGUCAUUUACAAUUUCCCGCCUGAAAGUCGUUUGAAUAUCUCUGUCGAACUUUUAUAUUCUGCUGCCAUCAUUUUGACUAUGCCAUUAAUGUUGUUCCCUGCGUUGAAGAUUAUUGAAAAUGCUCUUUUCUACAAGUUCAAAUCGGGUCGGGAUAGUAUCUGUGUAAAGAUGUCCAAAAACUUUUAUCGCGCUGUGAUCUCAGUUGCUUGUGCUGCUUUGGCUUUUGGUAUUGGGGCUGAUAAUUUGGACAAGUUUGUCUCUCUUGUGGGAAGUUUGGCCUGCGUACCUUUGUGUUUCAUUUUCCCUGGUCUUUUACACAUCAAAGUUAGCUCCAAAAAAUGGUGGGAUAAAGCGGUUGAUAUUUGUCUGAUGAUUUGGGGUGUUGGUAUCAUGAUUUAUACGUUGUACGUGACCAUUAAUUCAUUUGUGCAUCCUUCUCCUUCCGUACCUAGACCUCCCUAUUGCCCUGCUUAAUUUAUCUCGAUCACUGUAUCAUUAUUAUUUUUAUUAUUCUUGUUCUUAUUAGUAUUGUAGUUAGUUUGUCUUUUAUCAUGUUUUCAUUAUUUAUCAUCUCAUUUUCACAAAAUAAAUACCAUUAUAAUAAUAGAUUAUGCACUGAAGCUGAA